AUGGUCUACUGUGGCAAACCAAGCACUGCCUGCGACCGCUGUCGGCCCCGGCGUUUAAAGUGCGAUCGAUCAACUCCCUCGUGCUCCCAGUGCAUGCGGGCCCGAGUCCCAUGUCCAGGCUACCGGGACACCUUAGACCUGAACUUCCGUGACCAGAGUGACGAUGUUAUUCGCAAAGCAAAACAGCAGAGUCACAGGAGAUCAGUCGUGACAGCAAAAUCCAAUCAGCAAGUCGUUAGGAGUGCUCCGUUGCUGAGUUUCGGAUUACGUCCGCCGCCGGAUGAGCUGGCCAAAGGCUACUUUUUCACCAACUUCGGUGGGUGCCACAUGCCAUACCUGCUGAUGAAGUCGAAGCAUUCUUUGGAGUGCAGCAUCAAUGCGGGCCUGACAGCAGUGGGACUCGCAGCCCUGUCCAAUCUCCACAUGUCGCCCCGGUUGAUGCUGGCUGCACGACGGCAUUAUGCCACAGCUCUAUCGCAGACCAAUCACGCGCUCGGAGACGCCUCUUCAUUCCGCAAGGAUGAGACCUUGGCAGGUGUGGCCCUGCUUAGUACGUUCGAACUGGUCACUUGUGGCGAUGGCUCGUUCAUCGAUCGCUGGGCGAAGCACAUGGAUGGCGCAGCAAAGUUGAUUGAAUGCCGAGGUACGAGGCAGUUGAAAAGCGCAGAGGGACUGCAUCUAUUCACAGUGCUGCGUAGUCAGAUCGUGAUCAGCAGAGUCUACGAAGGAAGAUAUACGUCUUCCAUUCUAACGCACCUGACUGAAGAGGCCCAGAAGUACCGGAGUCCCAAUUUCCAGGUUCUAGACCAACUUGGUCUCGCAAUUAUACGGGUCUGCAACUUCUGCGCAGCCGUCAGAGAUGGAACCAUCACUCAGCCAGGCGAGAUUAUCCGCUCAGCCCUUGGUCACAAUGCAGACCUCGUGUCGAUCUUACUCUCAGUCCCGGACUCGUGGACAUAUAGCACCGCAGAGCUCCCGGAGUUCAAACAAGAGCGGACAAUGCACGCCGUCUGGGGUGACAAAUUCCACCUCUAUCGCAACUUGACCGUCAGUACCGCGUGGAAUAAUUAUCGUUCCGCCCGACUGAUUCUCCAUGAGCUUAUAAUCAGCACAGUCGAAGCCUGCUCGUCGAACAUUAUCGAUGAACAGACCCGAGAAAUCCUUUUGAAUCAAAGCCAGAAAACGUCUCGUCAAAUUGUCCAGGAUAUCUGUGCCAGUGUGCCCUAUCAUUUUGGGACAACUGCUGGGGAAACCACCCCAACAAUGUCAGGCGGUAUUACUAUAGUGUGGCCGUUAUUGGUCACUGCUAAUUCUAGGUUCGCAUCACCUGAGCUUCGAGAAUGGGUGAUGAGCUGCUUGGACCGAAUUGGUCAUUACUUGGGAAUCAAUCAGGCGUUGGCUUCCGCCCGGUUGCUCCGGGAUGGGAUGGAAACGCGAUCGUGGGUGUCGUCGGAAUAUGACCGUUCGUCUCGAGCUCCGUCGUUAUGGUGUGUCUUAAACGGUGGCAAAUCUAGUUGGGGGUGA